CGUUGUCAUGGUCAAUAUGACAUUUUUUUUUCCGUAAGUCUAAAUACCGAAGAAAACUGAAAACAACAGUGUUUAAUUAUGCAGAUACGAGGAAUAUAAAUGAAAUUUCGAACGAUUCCAGUAAAUUAGAUGAACAAACUAAUGCCGCACAGCUAUUAUUACAAUUGAAGGUUAAACACUUUUAUGGGUAUAAUAGAUUAAAAGAUUUGGGCAUCAUGACAUCCAUUAUAAAAUUACAUGCAGUCUCCGGUGCUAUGGAUGAAAGUCCACCGUGUUAUAUAUUACAAGUUGAUGAGUUACGUAUCUUGUUAGACUGUGGAUGGGAUGAGAAUUUUAACCAAGAUUUUAUCAAGGAAUUGAAGAGGCACGUACAUCAAAUAGACGCGGUCUUGUUGUCUUAUCCAGAUCCACUUCACUUAGGCGCCCUUCCAUAUUUGGUUGGAAAAUGUGGCCUAAGUUGUCCCAUAUAUGCCACGAUUCCUGUAUAUAAAAUGGGUCAGAUGUUUAUGUACGAUAUGUAUCAGUCACGUCAUAAUAUGGAAGAUUUUGAUUUGUUUACUUUGGAUGAUGUGGAUGCUGCUUUUGAUAAGAUUGUACAGUUGAAAUAUAAUCAAAGUAUUUCAAUGAAAGGAAAAGGAUACGGCGUCACGUUAACACCGUUACCAGCAGGUCAUAUGAUCGGUGGAACCAUGUGGAAAAUUGUAAAAGUAGGAGAAGAAGACAUUAUCUAUGCCAUAGACUUUAAUCACAAGAAAGAAAGACAUUUAAACGGUUGCGAACUAGACAGAUUGCAGCGACCAUCAUUAUUGAUAACUGAUGCUUUUAAUGCAACAUAUCAACAAGCCAGGCGGAGGACGAGAGAUGAGAAAUUAAUGACUAACAUUCUCCAAACUCUUCGAGGCGGAGGUAAUGUUUUGGUAGGCGUAGACACUGCAGGCAGAGUAUUGGAAUUGGCUCAUAUGCUUGACCAGCUCUGGCGCAAUAAAGAAUCUGGUCUACUGGCAUAUUCUUUAGCCCUUCUCAAUAAUGUAAGCUACAAUGUUGUCGAGUUUGCUAAAUCGCAAAUCGAAUGGAUGAGCGACAAAUUAAUGAGGAGCUUUGAAGGAGCUAGAAACAAUCCGUUUCAAUUCAAACAUUUACAACUGUGUCAUAGUAUGGCAGAACUCAGUCAAGUUCCAAGUCCAAAGGUUGUCCUAGCCAGUACACCAGAUAUGGAAUGUGGUUUUUCACGAGAACUUUUUCUACAAUGGUGUAACAAUCCUCAAAACAGUAUUAUAUUAACAAGCCGAACAUCUCCAGGAACACUUGCUAGAGAUUUAGUAGAAAAAGGAGGAAAUAGGAAUCUUGUUUUAGAAAUAAAACGACGUGUAAAAUUGGAAGGACUUGAAUUAGAAGAACAUCAAAAGAGAGAAAAGUUAAAACAAGAACAAAUAAAGCAGGAAAACAUAUGGAACGAUCUUAGGGAAACUGCAAAUGUCAGUUCAGAAUCCGAAGAUGAAAUAGAGGUGGGAGGUGCAAGAGGGAAACAUGAUUUAUUGGUUAAGCAAGAAACUAAACCAGGAUUUUUUAAGCAAAGUAAAAAGCAGCAUCCAAUGUUUCCGUUCAUAGAAGAGAAAAUAAAAAUUGACGAAUAUGGGGAAAUUAUUAAGCCUGAAGAGUACAAAAUAGCAGAAACAAUACCUGAGUCUGAAGAUAACAAAGAGAAUUUAGAAGUAAAGCAGGAAGAAUCCUCGCAUCAUCCAGAAAUAACAACAGAUAUUCCCACUAAAUGUAUUCAAGUCACUCGCACAGUAACUGUUAAUGCAGCAGUUACAUACAUUGAUUUUGAAGGCAGAUCCGAUGGAGAAUCGCUUCAAAAGAUUUUAGCACAAUUAAGACCUCGUAGAGUUGUAUUCGUACGAGGUUCUCCAUCCGAUACCGCAGUAUUGGCACGACAAGCGCAAAGUGCUGGAGCCAGAGUAUUUAUUCCUGAAAGAGGGGAAACUCUUGAUGCUACUACCGAAACACACAUCUAUCAAGUUCGUCUGACCGAUGCUCUGGUUAGUGGGUUAAAUUUUUCAAAAGGUAGAGGAGAUACAGAAGUUGCCUGGGUUGAUGCAAUGAUGACUGCUCGCGAUCAAAUUUGCCGAGACGCUGUUGCUGAUAACGAUCCACCCGAUAAGGUGGUCCAAAAUGACAAAAUACUUACGCUGGAACCUUUGGCCUUUAAUGAGAUACCAGGGCAUCAAACAACCUUCAUUAAUGAACUAAAAUUAUCAGAUUUUAAACAAGUUUUAAACAAAAGUAAUAUUCCAUCUGAGUUUAGUGGCGGUGUCUUGUGGUGCUGUAAUAAUACUAUUGCUGUGAGAAGGCAUGAAGCAGGGAAAGUUGUACUCGAAGGUUGUAUUUCUGAAGAAUAUUAUAAAGUCAGAGAAUUAUUAUAUGAACAAUAUGCAAUAGUAUAAAAAGCAGGUCUUGCUACUACGUUCUGUCAACUUUUUACUGUAAGUUUUGUAUAAUAUUAAUUAUUAUAUAUACAUUCUUAAUUGUA